AUGCACGACGGUCAGAUCUCGUCUCCUCCUCGUCAAUUUCUCAAUCACAAUCACAAUCACCACCACCACAACCAACGUCCGAGCGCGUCUCCUUCUUCUGCUGUUACCGCUACAGUCCCGCCGCCUUGGGCUUUGCCUGCCUAUGCGUCCUCCGCUUCCGUAACGACCGACUCUAGACCAGCGACUGCGACUGGCAGAUCCCAUUAUUAUCCUCAUCGCGACCCGUCGAGAUCUGCGUUCUCGCCCUCGGCCUCUCCCUCGCUAAACGCCCAUCCUCAUCACAAGGGCCCGGGUCCCCGUCUGCCACGAACUUCCUCACUUCUCCCUCCGCCCCAUAUCGAACCUUCGCCGAGAGCUGUAACUUUCCAGAGAUCGGAUCGCUUAUCGCCCACUCCCACUCCCACGCCCACGCCUGGCAGCAGCAGCAACGGGAACGGGAACAGCAACGGAAUCCCCCACAACGCCGCCGAGAGCUCAUGGUUAUUGAAUCGUCUCUCGUCUUCGACUGUGUCCACGAAUUUCAGUCGUGUUUCGGCGCUACCCCCCCGCGCCAACCAUACCAAUUCGCGACUCGGUAAAAGCCCCAGUAUCGAUGCGACCACUUUCAUUGACAACUCUCCACCGCCUUCCAAACCAUCCCCUCGGAAACUCCAGAAGAAUCACCGUCCAAGUACAUCUGUCUCCAACCCCGACACCUUCAUUUUUAGGCCAUCAGAGGAACGAACCCAGCUACCGCAAUCCCUGCCGCUAAUCGUAACAUUAUCGCCCUUGGAGGCGCCCGCUGCGCUAAGCGAUAUACUCAACGUCAAAUCCGAAGGGGCUGGCCCUGGCUCUGGUACGAGUGAGCCUGGGCGAUCAUUAGGCGCCCGCCAGGAGGGACAGUCCCUGAAGCAAUCCGACAAUUCAGACUCUCCAGCGCGAUCCGUUACUUCAACGCCGGGCAGUGCACGCUCAAUGGCUGCAUACCGACCCAAUAUGCAGUAUGAUCAGGACCAAGAGGCUUACCCGCCUCAAAGAGGGCACUCCAGGAGUCGAUCUGGAAAAGGAAGCAAUGAUAAGGGGCGCGCCAAACCGCCAUCUCAAAAGGCCAUGUUACAUCGUGCCUUGCAGAAGGCGAAUACAGCGGUCCAGUUGGAUAAUGCACAGAAUUUUAAGGGCGCACGAGAAGCUUAUGCGGAGGCUUGCGAUCUCCUGCAGCAGGUGCUACAAAAGACAACUGCCGAUGAGGAUAAACGCAAGCUGGAAGCAAUUCGACGAACUUAUACGAGUCGAAUCGAUGAGUUAGAUCAAAUGGCACCCUGGCAAGAAGAGGAGACCAAGGCGCUGCCCGCACGCCCUGAGAGUUUAGCACAGCAUUCCGAGUCCGAGUCUGUAUUACGAUUGGAUGAUGAUGAUGAUGAUGAACCUAAUGAUACCGCUGUCUUUGACACCGCUACAGCUGCCAGAAUAGAUAGUCACAGCCUUCAACCUCGAAUUGUCAAUUCACCGCCACGAGAGGAUAGCCAAGGCUAUAAGAGACGGAGCGCCCAGAACAAGCCGAAACCUAUCGUUACAAGUCUUGCACCCGAGCCUGGACUUCUUCAAUCGUCCUUUUCACGAUCACCAGUUCGACUUCGCACUCCUGAGCAUUUCCUCCCGCAACGGCCCGCGGACCAAUACAUGCCAGCUCCGCUCUCCCCCAGACGCCCACUAUCUCCAGCAAAAGAAGUCCAUGAGAUGGACGAGCCCGUGCGAACCGAUUUCUCCAUGAGCCAUGACCAGCAGAACGACCAUGCGCAAGAGCAGAACGUGCCGCAAACGCAUUUCCGGGAAGACAGCAUGAACUCUUGGUUGGAUCCCAUUGACGAAUCAGGAGGCUCAACUGCAUCAUCUGUUCAUUCGCGCACUUCGUCGCUUGGUUUCCGAAGGAAGCACAUUCGGGGCGUUAGUGGAGAAACCGAAGCUGAAUUCGAUACCGCGUUGGACGCAGCUAUUGAGGCCGCCUAUGAUGAUGGGUAUGAGCCAAUGAGUCCAAUGGACCACAGACGAAUGGUGUCAGUGGACGCUGGCGAGGAAGUAGUAGCCAAUGCUAUGCGCAAGGUUGAGCUUGCUCGUCAAAAAGUCAGAGAGACUGAGCAAGAACUUUAUGAGAUGGAGAGGGAUAGCCGUUCUCAACAGCAGCAAUACCAGUCUUAUGAGUACCAAGGAACGCCCAACGACUUUUAUAACGAUAACUCAUCCGACGAAGAAGAGAGGAUUUUGGAUGAGAUUGCUCGAGAUUACGGUCUCGAAUCAUAUAGACAUCGCCCACCACCACCUCGAGAGUCUGACUCUAGCGGCGUAACUUCACGUACAUGGCACAGCUCACAAGGAUCGAAUCCGCCAACGGGAGCUACUUCACUCUCUACCGUUACAGAGCUACCACCACCUUUGACGCAUCUUACACAGGGCCCAGCUGCCCCUCCACCUACACAGUCUUUACCUGAACUACCUCAACGACCUGGAUCAUCCGCACAAAGUGUACGAAAUAGACGUCUUUCAGGACAGAACCCGAAACAACUAAAGAUUGAAACCUCCAAGCUGGCUCUUCCUAUGCAGAGUUAUGCCGAUGCCAACCAGGCUAAGUCUGCUCCUCUAAGCAGUCAGAACGUUGACGCCACAGUUGAGCCGGAUACGAAGGCCGCGAGUGCGAAUCAUAGACAACCCUCACCACCGUUGUUCGAAGCCAGCCCGACGGAUAUGACAGGAUCUCGACCUACACCAUCGCCGUUUGGACAGUUGGGCUCAGAGAAGGGCGAUGACGACAUCACCGGCUCUCCCAAUACGCGAAAAUUGAGGAAGAACUUUUCGUCCUCGAGUCUUCGAAGUAUGAAGAGUCGCAACAUGUCAUUGACACAUCUGGAAGAAGGCUCGGAUUUGUCUCCUGGAACCCCAGGAAGCAAUCCCUUUGGAUCUCUCAAUGCUCCGUCAGUCCCAGCUCUGCCUACACCUCUUGCCACGAGCUUCCGUGAUCGAUCGGAAACAAAUGCGGCUGGGCUGUCAUUGUUUGACGACCACUUCUACUCUCCGACAAGCCCUGGGUCGCCUAAUCCGCUCAUCUCCGACCCUCCAGCUCCCCUUGAGCCUUGUCCUACUGAUUUCAUGCUGCGACCUUUCUGGCUGAUGCGAUGUCUUUACCAGACAUUGGCCCAUCCACGUGGCGGUUACAUCAGCAGCAAACUCUUUGUUUCUAGAGAUGUUUGGAGGGUGAAGGGAGUGAAGCUCAAGAACAUCGAGGACAAGGUGGCAAACUGCGAUUUCCUCACAGCUGCUUUACUCAAGAUCGCGAGAGUGGAUACUUAUGAUGCUGAUGCAGUCUUGGAAGAGAUGCAAUCCCUGGAGGGCAUUCUCGAACAAGUCCAAACAGCAUUGAGUCGCAAACUUGGCAAUGAAGUUGGCGUCCAUGGAUCUGGAGCACUGUUCAAGGACGCAUCCACCGGCGAUGGAGAUGCAGCUGCUGGCGUGCCGCGAUCAGCGAGUGUUUCUGGGAAAUCCUCCUUCUCAUGGCGACGCCUUCGUUCGAAGAACUCUGCAGUCGGACUUGGUGGCUCUUACAUGAGCCGUGUUAACACGGAAACGUCUAAGGAUAUACCCAGCAUUGCCAGCCUGCCAAUGACACCUACCCCAACGAAUCGUCCCCCCAAGCGGGAUCUGGCACAGGUCCAAUUCACAGGUCCGAACGCGAUGUACAUGAGCUCAUUGGCACGCCUGUUUGAUGCAGCUCAAGCUAUUGAUCAAAUAGCCAGACAAGUCGAGGAUCCUGGAUUGCGACACGCCGACAAGACACAAGUUGGUCUUGAGCUAUGCACACGACAUGCAGCGGAGUUCUUUGGGUUCUACAUGAGCCUGGCUUGGAGCGCUGGCCGUGCCUGGAGUCGGCAAUGCCUCUCACAAGCGCUCACACCGAGGAUAUACGCAAACCUGCGUCGAUACGCCACGAAGCCUACACCCGCUGAGCUCGAAGCCCGAAUCGCUGCCAUCCCCAUCGAGAGAUAUCGUAAUUUCUGCAUCGUGGCGCAUAUUGACCAUGGGAAGAGUACGCUGAGCGAUCGGUUGUUGGAGUACACUGGUACGAUAUCUGCUAGCGAUGCGAACAAGCAGAUUCUGGAUAAGCUGGAUGUAGAGCGGGAGAGAGGGAUCACCGUCAAGGCGCAGACGUGUACUAUGAUCCACAAGCACAACGGGCAGGAUUAUCUGCUUCAUCUUGUCGAUACGCCUGGGCACGUGGACUUUAGAGCUGAAGUUACGAGAUCGUAUGCUAGUUGUGGCGGAGCGUUACUUCUCGUUGAUGCAUCGCAGGGUAUUCAGGCACAGACUGUGUCAAACUUUCAUCUUGCCUUUGCGCAGGAUCUGGCGCUCGUUCCGGUGGUGAACAAGAUCGACAUGCCAGCUGCAGAUGUCCCGCGAGUACUACAACAAAUGAAGGAUAGUUUUGAGCUCGAUCCCAAAGACGCUAUUAUGCUCAGCGCCAAAACGGGGAAGGGUGUACCGGAUGUUUUGCCCGCUGUUAUAGAGCGGAUUCCUCAUCCUGUUGGAGACGAGAAGAAGCCGCUCAAGAUGAUGUUGGUGGAUUCAUGGUACGAUAACUUCCGCGGUGUAGUGCUGCUGGUGAGGCUAUUCGACGGUACGAUCAAAGCGGGUGAUAGUGUUGUUUCUUUGGGGACGGGGAUGAAGUACACUGUUGGACAGGUUGGCAUUCAGUAUCCGCAUGCUAUACCGCAAGCGACGCUCAGCGCAGGACAAGUUGGCUACGUGUACUUCAACCCAGGUAUGAAGAAGAUCCAAGACGCAAAACUGGGCGAUACAUUCACCUUUGUCGGGUCCGAAGAAAAUGUCGAGCCGUAUCCUGGUUUCGAGGAGCCCAAGCCCAUGGUCUUCGUGGCAGCCUUCCCCACUGACCAGAGCGACUACAGUCGUUUGGCAGAUAGUAUUGGUCAAUUGGUUCUCAACGACAGAAGUGUUACGCUGCAGAAGGAUCACUCUGAAGCCCUCGGUGCAGGAUGGCGAUUAGGCUUCCUGGGAAGUUUGCACUGCUCUGUGUUCCAGGAUCGGCUGAGGCAGGAACAUGGGAAGAGCGUUAUUCUGACGGAGCCGACUGUGCCGUCAAAGAUUAUAUGGCCUGAUGGGUCGGAGGAGAUAGUGUCGAAUCCGGCGCUGUUUCCGGAGACGAGCAAUCCCAAAGUGAAGCAGUCACAACUCUUUGAACCAUAUGUCACUGCUACAAUCACCAUGCCAGAGGAAUAUCUCGGUCGUGUGAUUGAGCUCUGCGAAGCGAAUCGUGGAGAACAGAAGAGUUUGGAGUUCUUCCACACAACGCAGGUUAUUCUACAGUAUGAGAUUCCAACGGCCCAAUUAGUCGAUGACUUGUUUGGCAAGCUCAAGAGCGUAACCAAGGGAUACGCGACGCUGGAUUAUGAAGAUGCAGGUUGGCGGGAGAGUAACCUCGUCAAGCUGCAGCUGCUGGUGAACAGACAGCCCGUCGAUGCGAUUUGUAAGGUCGUUCAUUCAUCGCAGGUUGAUAGGCUUGGGCGACAGUGGGUUACAAAGUUCAAGGAGCAUGUUGAUCGUCAACAUUUCGAGGUCGUUAUCCAAGCUACAGCAGGUAAUCGCAUCGUAGCGCGAGAAACCAUCAAGCCCUUCCGUAAGGAUGUGCUUGCAAAGUUACAUGCUGCUGAUGUAUCGAGAAGAAGAAAGCUGCUGGAGAAACAAAAGGAGGGUAGGAAGAGGUUACGCGCUGUGGGUAAUGUGAUUAUCGAUCAGUCGGCGUUCCAGAGCUUCAUGUCGAGAUGA